AUGGAGUGCUUCAGACAGAUUGUUCGAUUCGUGAAAUCACCAUUUCAGAAGAAGACACAUAGGGUCUUGGAGAUAGGCCCACCAACGAACUUCCGCAAAGAAGAGCUGCCAAACUUCUUCCCGGAUGAUGACGCGCUGACAUUGCAUAGUCAUGGCUCGGCACUAGAGAAGGACACAGUCAAGGGAGUUCAGCGUCAGCCGUCCACACGGGACAAGAUCAAGGAGCAUGUCCGGAGGAUGAGCAUUAAACUCGUGGGCCCGUCUUCUUGCCAUGAGUGA